GCGUUUAGGUUUUCAUCUUUCUUUUUUCCGUCCUUCUUGCAGUUAUUUAAGCUCUAAAUAAAUAGCCCCCUCCCAGCGAUUGGAUGGAGAAUGAGAUCUCUCCCCUCGCAUAACAACAAAUCCAGCUAAAUUGAAUGCAAUGCGCUUGUUUAUUAGAAUGAUAUAUUGUGGCUUGUAAACAACGUAUGGAUUCCUGUAAGCUUCGCCUAAAUAUUUGAAAAAGGUUAAGGCGAUGAAUUCCAGUUACGGGGAUGAUCCACCAAUCUUCGGAUUGAUGCUCCUUUUUAAUGAAAUUAUCUCCAAUUUUCCCUCGCGUCGGAAGGGGGAGGGGCAGAGCUUGGAAUUGCUACUCCUUGCCGCCUCCUCAAAGACAAAUCAAUGCUUCUUGCAAAGAGUGAAUCCCUAGUGGUUUGUGAUGUUGCUGAAGACCUGGUAGAGAAGCUGAGAAAGUUUCGUUUUCGUAAAGACACGAACAAUGCAGCCAUUAUCAUGAAAAUUGACAAAGAGAAACAGCUGGUAGUUCUGGAUGAAGAACAUGAGGGUAUAUCUCCAGAUGAACUAAAAGAUGAACUUCCAGAAAGACAACCUCGAUUCAUUGUCUAUAGCUACAAGUAUCAGCAUGAUGAUGGGCGAGUCUCUUAUCCCCUCUGCUUUAUCUUCUCAAGUCCAGUUGGAUGUAAGCCUGAGCAACAGAUGAUGUAUGCUGGCAGCAAAAAUAAAUUAGUUCAAACAGCAGAACUCACAAAGGUAUUUGAAAUCAGGAAUACAGAAGAUCUCACUGAGGAAUGGCUUCAGGAGAAGCUUGGCUACUUCCACUAAAAGAAGGAUUAAGCAUUCCGUGCAGUUCAAACUGGAACCAAACAUGACUCCUGCUUUCUAAACCUAACAAGAAUGCACUGUACUUACAGUUGUUUCCUGCAAUGUUUGUAUGUAUGUACAUAUAUAUAUGUAUAUAUUUGUCUGUGCAAAAUUUAUAUACAUGAGGGGAAGAAGCAUCUCCUGCUUAACCAAACUUUGCCCAGGAUUGUUCCUUUCCUUCUAAUUGUUUAAAAGGGAACAGUUUUCUUCCUGCAGGGAUAAUUUUUUUCUUUUUGCACUUACAUGACUAAUAUUUCUAUCUGGACUAAUUAGAACUGGUAAUUGUUUACAGCUUUGGGGCAGAAUCUCCAAAGGGACACAUUGUGCAUCAGCUCUUGUUUGUAUCAAUGGAUUGUGUUUAUGGCUGUACUCAGUCAAGUAGCCUGGAAAUUUACAGCAGAUUUUUCCCCCCUCUUGAGCUACAAGUGCAUCUUCUUUUAAUAGAAACUGGACAUUAAUAAUUAAUAACUGGACACAAUAGUAUGUGAAAAUAACACUGAAUCCAGGGGCAUGAAAAAAUUUGAUUUGGGCCCAACCUAUUUUAGGAUAGAUACUUUAGUAUGAUUCCUAACUUCUCCAGAUGGGGCUUUUCUUUUCUCUUAAAAAAAAUAAAGCCCCCAAUUACUUUGAACCUUAUAUUUCCAUUUUGGUUCAAAGGUUUAACACUAUUUUUGUGUAUGUAAGGAUAGCAUUUUUACUAAUCAAAUAGAAAGUAGAUUUAAAGCAACCUGUAAGGGCUUGGUAACAUACUGUAGUGGACUUCCAUUCCAAAAGUCUUUAUAUGUAGAUCUAUUAAUAUAAAAGUCUUGACUUUUCUGGACUUUUUAUGCAAGCACUUCUCAAUCUGUGUGCCUUUUUAAAAAAAAAAAUUCUAUCAAAUGAUUGUAAGAAAGUCUUACACUGCCAGUUUUUAAAAAAAUAUUAAAUUUGAUACAGGUUAACUUUGUCUAAAAGAAAUCUCCCUAGCAGCGUCUGGUAGCUUAAUCUCUCUUUCCAUUAACUUCAGCUGUAGGUGCACACACGGUUUAUACUGCUAUGAUUUAAGGCAAAAUGCUUAGUCUGGCUAAAAAAGAAAACUAAAAGUCAACAAAUAUUCUGAAGUUAAUCAGAGUCCACCGCAUUUCUGCAUUCUGUCUCUCAAUAGACAGGGCUGUGUGUGUGCCUUGAUCCUUAUAAAUGCAGGGCACAAAAGAAGUAAUAUAUAGUGUGUAGAAUUUGACUUCCUUAACUACCUUGAUUUCCUUUUUGUACUUUAAAAAUAUGUAGCCAAUGCCUUCUCAGAAGCCAGAGGAAUAUCCGUUGCAAUGCAUGGGGGAGAGCAGCUUAGCAUCUUGUGCUUCUCCUUGACUGGGAUCUUGAUAAUAACAUAUAGAUCAAAGUAUCCCACCCUCUUUGAUCAGCAACUUGAAUUACUUAGCUGCAAAACUUGAUUCUCCCUUCAAUGGAGGGCAUACAUGAUGUGGCCAGUAAAUUGGCAAUAUAGUGCUUAGACACAGACAGGUGAGGCCUUUCUUGUCUAUUAUCUAGGAAUGAGAUUCCUAAGCCAGGGGUAGCCAAGUGUUAACUGACAAAGGAGCAGAAAUAUAUGUUGUUCCCUAAACUGAUAGUUGAUCAAACUCUACAUGGGUUUUCCUCAGCAUGAUGCACCCUUUGUGGAUUAUAACUGCAACAUUCCAAAAUCUCAAAAUAUCCUAGGUCACCUAGUUGGGUAAAAUGUCAGAUUCUAUAUACCAAAUCUGAUAGCAGUUGGCAUUAAUUCCAAUGAGUCAUAUCUGGGGGAGUCCUCUGUAAAUGAUCUCGCAAGGGAACAGUUAGGCUCUGGUCUAAUUGUUCCAUUUUGUAUGGCAUUACAAUGAAUUGAACUAUAUUAUCCCUAAACUAUUAAAAGAGUACAAAUAGUACAGAGGCUGUUUUACAUGGAUAUUGGGGGUCAGAUUUGUUCUUUGGCUGAAGGAGGAUAUACAUAGAAAUCUUUCUUUAUGUACCAAAUAUGUCUGAAGAUUCUUUUGUGCUUAUCUGCCUUCAUUACCACUCUUUUGUUAGGCUUUUUGUUUUUUAAAAAGUGUUUUUUCUAGGAUUUUUUUUCUUAAGUGACUGACUAUACAAUCUCUCAUCUAAGGUUAUAAUCCUUGGUUGCUCUUAAUUUAAUGUUUUUUCCUCCCUUUUACCAGAGUAGAGACUCUCAUUCAGCUCAAGAACUGUAUCCAACUUUUUGUGAGUCAUGCUCCACAGUUAGUGAGGUUAGGUUCACUUUUGGGAAAGUGUCAAAGAGUUUUAUGAAAUAAAUUGUAAAUUAUCCAUUUUGCUAAUUAAAUACUUCAGAAAGCAGAAAAGGGGGAAGGCUAUUCAGUCUGAAAGGGCUGCUAAAAGGAUUGUUGGUGUGCUACAUGGUGUUCCUGGGCCAUAUUUGUGCCCCUCUGGUGUAGGAUAAAAUGGAGGCUGAAGAGAGACUGGAAAAUGAAUGAUCUGUCAGAAGCAUUUAAAAAUUAAAAAUACUGUAAUAUCCAUGUAGUUGUUUGAAAAGCCUGAAAAUACAUAGGUAGCUGAGCACUCCUUGGAAUUAUGUUUGGUCAAAGACAGUGAAGGAAAUUGCAGGCUUGAUUUUAGGUUUAAAGAGAGUGAGACUAAACUCCACAAUUUGGAAGCUGUUGUCUUUUCUAAGUAAUUGUUUGUCCCUACCCUGCCCCAAUAAUACAUUCUAUGAUGUCUUUUGGGCAGUAUAAUGUGAACUAUAGUUAUUCCUAAAUGGAAUUCUGUUUGAAGUCUGGAAAUAUUGACAACUUCAGCUAAGAGGAGAGUUUUUUUUUUCCUGCUCCUCCCCUUCCUCUCUAUUUGGAUCUUGAAGGAGCAACAUCUGAAGAAUUUCCAUCAAAAUAUAUCGCUGUAACAACUUUUUGAAUACUAACUUGUUUAAAUCAAAUCUUCAUAUUGAUGUUUUAAUAAGCAAUUUAUUAAAAAGUAAUAAUACAGUGGGAUGAUAAACUUCUAACAACGGUUCCAUUUCUGGUCUUUUUCUAGUAGUACUUCUCUUGAAUCUUUUAUAGAUUAGAAUUGUCAGUAUUUCAAAACGAGGCCAAAUACUUGGUUUUGAUUUCUUUCCCCCCCCCCUCCAAGCCUUUUCACAUAUUACAUAUACAUGAUAUAUGUUUGUUGUAGCAUAUAAACAACAGGAGGAUCUGAGCAAAAGGGAAGAAUCGCAUAAUACACGUGCUUCUAAUAUUCACAUGUUGCAAUCGUGUGAAUCAAUUGUAUGAAUGUAUUCCCUUUUUCCUGUAAAAGCUUGUUUGAACUUAAAACAUAUCUUUAUGCUUUAUUGAUAGCGCAGUAUUCACUGGAUGAAAUGUGAAACUGGCAUUUGUGAAUUUUUCCUGCUUUCUGUUAACCAACACUAGUCAGCUUCCGUGAAAGUGUGUGGGAUUUAAUUCAUUCUUCUCUGCUGUGACCCUUUCCAGAUGUGUUGAGUGGUACCAGAUUAGGGAAAGUUGUUCUAAGUGAAUAGACAUAGUUUGUUAUGUAUAUGGAAGAAUGGGUUUUUUUUCCUCACUGAUGAAAGGUUUAUGUUCUUGUGUGAAACAUAUGAAAAGGCUUUCAUACCAUGCAAGGUUUAAAAAAAAAAAAGAGAAUCAGUCUACUAAUAAAACUGGGUAGAUUGCUAAAUUCCUGGUAGUUGUGCAUCAUUUGAUAUGUUGAAAUCAGAUCAAUACUAUAUGAAACAUCUUUUAGGGAAGUUAAUACCUAAUUUGGGAGCAGUAAUUUGGUGUGCACAUUGUAAAUGCACAAAAUUGCAAAGCUAUUGAGAAAGGAUCAUUGAAACACAGAGGAUAAAGGUGAACCAAGCCAAUUAUAGCUCGCUUGCUAUCUCCUCUAGUUGUACCUGAAAAGUAUGAGCUGUAGUAUCCAUAGUUCAGACUCCAACCUUCCUUUUGGGCCCUUGGCAUAGAAUUCUACAAUUCCAGAUAUCUUAGCUAAUAUAUACUAGUUGGAAAUUCAAGGACAUAUAGUUUGGAUACAUCUGGAAGAUGCCAGCUGGGGUAGGCCAUUAGUUCUGGUUCAGUAUAUUGCUAACUCUGCCCACAAUCUAGAGUUCGAUCCUGACAGGCUUAAGGUUGACUCAGCCUUCCAUCCUUCUGAAGUUAGAUUGUUGAGGACAAUAUGCUGAUGUUGUAACCACUUAAAGAGUGCUGUAAAGUGGGAAGUAUGUAAGUCUUAAGUGCUAUUGCUAUGGCUAAUAUCUGAUAGAAUAACCUACCCCAGUUGGCAUCCUUCCGACAUAUCCAGACUCUAUGUCCUUGAAUUUCCAACAGAUAUAGUUCAUUUUUCUAAACUAGCCAAGACUCUUGGAAUUCUAUUCCCGACACAUCUGGAGGGUGCCAAGUUGGAGAAGUUCGAUGUGCAUUGAUUGCUGGAAUACCAUUCUUUUCUAGGCAGUCUGAAAAAGGCUGCAGAUUGAACCCAGGACCACUCUCUCUUGCUUCCCUUCUCAACUCCCUUUCCCAAAUCUGCAAAUUGUUAAUGAGAAUAUUGGUCUCUUUACAAUAAUAUAUUGUACUGACGUAAUAUAAUUAAACAUUUCUAAUGCUGAAAAGUUAUUCUGUAUGAGAUAAGAGCAACAGUAUUUUAUAGAAAGGAAACUGCAAUAUGUGCUUUUAUUGUUCACUGAUAUUUCUGUGGAACUAACCAGCUUGACAGGUGUUGCAAUGAUUGGGGUAUUUUUAAUGUUCUGCUUAGUUGAUUUUGCAUGUUUUUUUUAAAAUCAUCAUUUUCUUUUUGUUUGGCAAAGCAUGGAGCUUGUAUUGGUAUCAAUGAUCAUACAAUGUUAAUAAAACCUGUCAAACUCUC